GAAGAGCACCAGGUGAUCCGACACACGUACACAAAAUGGAUGACUUCGAGGUCCCGCCUUUACGAUCUCUCAGUGAUUUUCUCCUAGAAUCAGCCCGCUUCUCCACGCCUGCCAUAAAUAAUCCGUCAAGAUGGGCCAAUCGCAUUAUAGACAACCUUUUGUACUACCAAACUAACUAUAUUUUGACUGCUGUACUGAUAUUUCUCAUAGUUGGGACCCUCAACCCCAAGUCCAUGCUAUUGGGCAUCCUCACCAUAGUGGUCAUCUUUGCCAUCUUCAUCUACUUCAGCAAUAACCGGGUGGAGGUGCAUCGAUUCAAGAGGAACCAUCCCUUUGUCUGCUUUCUCCUCAUCCUGCUGAGCUGCUUCUUAUCGCUCAAGGUGUUCGGUGGGUUGCUGGUGUUCCUGUGGGGCGUCACUCUUCCACUGGCAAUGAUCUUCAUCCACGCUUCGCUGAGGAUGCGCAACCUGAAGAACAAGAUGGGCAAGAAGUUGGAAUCGCUGGGGCUGAAGCGGACGCCGAUGGGCAUCCUCCUCUUCCAGCUUGGCUUGGAGGAGCAGGCACGCUCCUGACUGCGCAUACCAAAGAAACCGCACCGGGGGAAGGCCAACCUCAUCUGCACUACCAGGGCCCAAGUUUGGACCUUCUUCAAAAAGGGAACCGGGGUGGUCUGCAAACUGUUCCAUCAACAAUCAUGUUUUGACAGUUCCGACAGCUCGAGAACCUUUUAGUGACAGUUUGUCAUGGUUGUCACAUGUGCUGCUUCUGAUCUGUAUCACUGGUCAACCUUUGGUCCUUGCCAUGAAAUGUAGAGCCAAUGACUUUUUGCCUCAGUAUAACAAUGAACUACAAGUUUAUUUCAAAAGGGAAUUUAACCUCUGAUUCAGUACUAAUAUGACCAAUAAGAUACUAAACGUUUAAAAUUGAACCGAAAUCUGUAAAAGGUAACUGUUAAGUAGUGGAUAGGUAGAGGGUUAGGGAGAUAAUUGUACACCACUAAGUAAAAUGAGGCCAAAACUAACCAGCGACAUUUUUCAGUCUUUAAAUUUAUUCGAUGAAUAUCUUUUAUUACCCCUCUGAAAUCUUUGGGAAAAUGGCCAGAUAUACAUGUAAAUGAAAUUUGGGUUUCAAAACCCAGUGUGUGGACAUAUGCACCCAUGUAAUGUACGCAAACCAAACUUCAUUACGCUGUCAAGUUGUAGUUUUAAUACAGCAACAGUUUUGAAACGGAAAAGCAUUGGCUCUACAGCUGCUCCUGCACAUGUAGAUAGACUGAUUUUCUGCUUGACGCUACAUUUUCCCUCCAGCUUCACAUCUUUGGACUUAGUGCACAAACUGGAGAGCAUAUUGCAUAGCUUACAUUUACGUAGCCUAGUGAGGAGGAUGAGUGAAGAGACUUGUAACCUGUGCUUAUGCAGGGACAGUGAGGGAUCUCACUGCUUAUGAAAUUUCAUUGGUAGAUUUGCACUGUGCUUGCGCUUCUCUCUACAUAGUAGGAUGGGGCGAAGUAAGGGAACAUCUCAAACUGCAGAACACGCCUGUUCCAACUGGAAGGCUCCUUUAUGGAACACGGUGUAUUCCCGAUGGAAAGUCACUGUAUUCUGAGUAUUCACUGGGGAAGAUGACAUUCCUGAUCUAGGAUUGCACACAUAUACACCACUUCCUGUUCCCAAUUGGGAACAUGCGUUGCUCUAAGAAGAAACAGCAGGUGUUCCUAAUUUGAACAAGCAUUGUUCUUGUUUCCUUGUUGGAACCUUCUUUAGCCUUCUGACUUUUGAGAUGCUGCCUUAUUGAGACAGCACAAAAGAUAAGAUAAAUUUCAAGUUUAUGUAUGAAAAAAUGUAGAUUCCUGCUUGUAAAUAUUAUGCUUUCAAAGUUUUCCAUCUGCAUGUAACUUUUUUCUUAUGAAAUAAGAACUUGUUGGUUAGGGAUUACAUAAGAUAUGAAUUAAAAUGUAGGAAUGCAGUUAUUGGUCUAAAUUAUUAGAAUUUGUAGUAUCCAUGUUACUUCCCCACAUUUCUUGCCCUCCUACUCAUAUGUACACGUAAAUUUUAAAAAACUCUAUCCAUUGCCUGAAAUCAUACCAUACAUGCACUCAAUUUUGACUACGGGGUUUAGGAUAACCAUUUUUUAUUUUUUGUUUUCGUACACGUACCUUUUGUAAGGAUUUUUCUCAAUUGGAGGUGGUUUUGUCAGUGGGGGGAGGGCAAUUUCUAAGUAAAGUUGCUUAUAUGAUAACCCCCCUGGGAGAAUCUAAAAUACAGUACUUCACGGGUGAGAGGUGGGAUUUUCAUUGCUUAGAGAAAAUUGCAGGUUGAUGUUUCAAUUGACAUGAUUGAUGCUAAUUAUUCAGUGUAUGUGGCAACAGUGCAAUGCGUUCUAUUUUUAUGUGUACCUUGUACAUUAUGCACAGCAUGAAUGCAUAUAUAAUACACCCUUUUCCCACAUAAGCUAUGAUAGUAACUAUCAAUGUAGCUGAUAUAAUUUCAUGUAUGGGAGGGGGCAUAGCCACCCACUGUACCUAAAAGUUUUUGGUCCGGAUGUUUGUGACCUUGUUCGAACAAACAUCAUCUUGCCCAUGCACACACACGUAAAUUGUAUACAUGUAUGUACAUGUAGGCCCUACAUGUACAGGCAGUUGUGUUGUAUGUUUGUUCAGUUAACAAUCAUCCAUUUUUUCUUGCAAUAUUUGUUUCAUUAAAGUACUAUUUUCCAUGGGUUUACUAAAAUAGGAUGUCAUGUGAAACCAUACACGUACCAAAAGAUUCCUGUUUGGUGUGGUUUAGUGCUAUACAUAUACUAUAUACCUGCACUUCAUCCAUGCCUCAUGGUCAAAUGUCAUUUAUAUAAUAUUCAUUAAAUCAGUGCUAAAAAGUGUGGGAUUAUUACUCAGGAGGGAUACAUAUGUACAGUAUGAGAUAGGAAUUUCCCAUGAAUUUCAGCCGUGGAAACAAGCCACACUUACAUUCCAGACACUGCAGUGAAUCCACAGCAUUUAUAGAAUUCAACUCAUGAUUUCAACUGGGUUUCAUGAUGUUAAGAAAUGAAAUUGUACUUUAUGUAUGGGUCUGAUUCAGGUCAGUACAGAUGGUCUCCUGGGGCAGUUUAGUUGAUAUGAUGCUAACGAAGCAUGUGGAGCAUGGUACAUGUGCUUGUAUUUUUAUCAUCACUCAAAAUAGUAACCACAAAUUUGGAAUGUUUUUAAGACAUCUUGGACAUGGCAGACAGGAUCACUAUGAUGGGAUGCAAUUUUUUCUUUUGUGAGGACAGAAACUCACAGAAUAUCUAAUAUCUGUAUUUGUAUACCUGUGCUAACAUUUUAGGAAGAGUAAAUUGCAAAGCCAUAGUAAAUUCUCAUUAAUUGUGUUUAUG